AAAUACACACACAUGCCCAGAGAAGUAUUUUCAUUGCGCAUGAAUAUUUGUGUGUGUUCAGCGCGACCUUUAUUUUGAAAUCGUACAAAACAGGAAGUGCCUGCAUGCGUGACUGUCAAACUGUAGGACAUGGGGGUUAAAAUAGAGGUUUUUAGGAUGAUGGUGUAUCUGUCGUUUCCAGUGGCGAUGUUUUGGAUUUCAAACCAAGCGGAGUAUUUUGAGGAAUACAUCGUGAAGCGAAAGAGGGAGAUCUUCCCGCCUGAUGAGAAAAUGCAUAGGCGAGAACUGGAGGAUUUCAAGGAGCGCAUGAGGAACCGGAGGGAGCAGAAGAUGCUGAAACAGAUGGGCAUGCAGUCGGAGGAGUGACUGUAAAACAACAGCACUUGUUAUUGCAUCAGAGUGCAACUUCGGGAUCAAACCUUUAUGUGAACACGGAAACACUAAUGCUUCUCCCAAAGUGUCAACUUUGUAUAGUUGAAAGCAGAAUAAGACUUGUUUCCAGACAUAAUUUAAGAAAUAGGUGAGGAAUAUCUAUAUUUUUGUAGUUUCAUUGCCUUUGAACCUUCAAAAUCAAAUGGUUUGACUUUAUUGUGUGAUAUUACUUUUUUAUUAUCUGUAAAAACACUGCUUUUGUUGUUGCUGUUUUUUUUUUUCCAAUUCAAAAUAAAUUAAAAUGAAUUCCAUUUUAGGUGUAUUAUCCAUAUGAUCAGAAUAUUGUUUCAUGUAAUAAUUUAAAUAGCAGAUGUUUGCUUAAAGGAACAUUAAGAGUUCGAUACAAGUUAGAUCGACAGCAUUUGUGCCACAAUGUUAAUUAAUAAUUCAAUAAUAUGAAGCUUUUAUACAGUUACUUCUGGAGAACUUGUGUGUUUGAGCUGUACAACUAUUUAAACCAAACCUUACAGUCUCUUUAGGGUUUGUCAUGGCAACAAAAUUGCAAAUAGUUUUUCCCCCCACACUAAAAUCAUGUUAUCACGUAUAGUUUACAUAUUGUGGCUAUACUGAGACUGGAUAUUUUUGGUCCCAUUAAUUUCCAGAAUGUGCUGAUGUCAUUCUUUUUAUGAAGAAUUUUGAACAUUUGUUUUUCCUGAUGCAACACCUUUGAUAACAGUGAAUGUAAAGAACUAUAUGUGGCAGUAAUUAGUGGACAGUAAGCGCUAAUUGAGAUGAUGUGCAGAUCUUCAAUACAGAUGUUACUCAUGUCACCACACCUGUCCCAAGUUCUAAGACAUUAUGCACAUGUCCCCACCAAUAUCCAGCACCUACUGAAUUGUCACUUUUAUUCCACAUUAAUUUGGAUCAAACAAUAUAUUAAUAUAUAGCCACUGUUGUCCAUCA